AGGGAGCAGGCCGCGUGUCCCGGUACGGCCCCGUGUCCCGGGUCGGUGCCGUCGUACCCCGGCCCGAACCGAAGCGAGGACCCGGUGCUGCGGGGAUGGGGCCCAAUGCACGUGUCUGCACGGGGUCAGCGUUGCCCCGUUACAGCUCCGUGCAGCCCGUGUCGCUCCGCGCUGCGGUUCCGCUCUCGGUUUCGCUUCCUCCCGGCGGGGCCACGUGCUGUGUCCGUGCUCGCCCCGCUCCGCUGUGCAGCACACGGCACGGUACGGCACGGAGCGGCACGGGGCAGCACACGGCACGGAGCGGCACGGAGCAGCACGGUGCGGCUCCUCCUCCCUGUUUGCGGGGCGGCCGCUCCGCCCGCAGCCACAAACCGGUUCCCCCGGGGCUCGCGUUCCCUCCCGCGGCACCAUCGGGCACGUGGCGGCUGCUCCGCGGGGCCCAGACCCUCCUUGGGGCGGCCCCGAGGUGUGAGGAGCUCCCUGCACCACCCACAGCCAAGAGGGCGCCGCGCCGCGGGCACCGCCUGACGCCGUCGGACGAUGAGAUGUACCAGAGGACGAGGGUGACGGUGCUGCAGCCCGAGAGCCCCAACAGCGCCUUCAUCGAGGGCUACAGCUGCCGCGGGUUCAGCAUCAGCGGGAGCGUCGUGGUCGGGCCGUGCGCCGUGCUGCCACGAGCCAUCCUGCAAUGGAACGUCGGAUCGCACCGCGACAUCUCGCCGCAGAGCCUGGCGCUGUUCCGGCUGCUGGAGCCGCGGAUCGAGAUCCUGGUGCUGGGCACGGGGGACAGAGUGGAGCAGCUCCAUCCCGCGGUGCUGAGGCAGAUGCGGCUGUGCGGGAUCGCCGUGGAGGUGCAGGACACGCCGAACGCGUGUGCCACCUUCAACUUCCUGACAAGCGAGAAGCGCCUGACGGCCGCCGGGCUCAUCCCCCCGCGGGGCAUCUACACGGGGCUCCCGGCGCUGCCCGCUGCCACGGACUGAGCCGCUCUGCCCUCGUUCACCCGCAGCGCCGGGGCUGCCCCACGCCGAGCGCCGCUGCUGAAGGUGAAGAAACGCUGCAGGAUGGACGGUGGGAGCCCGGCUGCUGGCUGAGCGCCGCCUCUCGGCUGUGGGCUGUGAGCUGCCGCACGGCCGGGCUUGGGGGCUGCGCGAGGAGAAUACACAUAAAUCAGAAGUACGAAGCAGUCACGGAGUGGUUAACGCUCAGCAAUGAUGGGCUGUUUGUUAGGCUCGAGGUGCUCAGCACCCUGCAGAGCUGGGCAGGGGCUGCAGCAGUUCGGGCUGGGUGUGAGGUGUCAGGGCUGCUUCUCACCUGCCCCAGGUUUUGUGGGCUUUGUGGCUCCCUGCUGAGCCCCGAGCUGCUGCACGAUGCUGUGAUGCUCGCCCUCCUCCCUGCAGGUCAAUGAAUGCUUGGCACUGAUACGGCUGCCAUGUAAUUCCAGGCUCUGGUUUUAGCAUAUGUAAAUCAAAUUGGACAUCA